GUCGUUGCCAUUCGACCUCUGCAGGCCUGCGCGGACGCAGCUAGAACCCUGAAAUUCAUUAUGCGUUUAAAAGCUUUAUUUAUUUCCGCAUAACCUACAUACUCUCACCAGGAGGCCAAAGCGGAAAAAACGACAACCAGCCAUUUAAUUCGGAUCCGUAACAUAGAACACUUAAAUAAAUAUAAAUUAGUCGGUAGGAAUAUUGUUAAGAAAGUGGUAGAUUUUAAUAUAUUAAGAAAAUGUCCGGAGAGAGAAACCGCAGGUCGCUGGCGUUCCGAGGAGGUGGAUUAGCCGUAACCAGCUCCAGUGGUGUCGGUGGGGGCAACAGUAAAAGCUUGGAGGCCCAGGCCUGUCAAGACCGACAUUUGAACGGGACCAGGCCAGAUAAAGAAGAGGAUAGGGACCUGGGGGCAAAAGGACCAUCGCAAGGGAGAGUGGAGGGUGGGGGGUCUGUCAGCGAUAGCACAGAACCAGAGGCUGAGGAGGAAGAGGACCCGGAAGGGGGCAACUGGGCAGCCGGGGACGGAGAGGAUCGUGUCGGUUGGGUGGCAGUAACUGUCGGAGAAGACGAGUCCAGGGAAGGGAACAGCCGGACAGCGGGUAACUGCCUGAACAGCGAGGACGGCGCUGUCUUAGGCAGCGGUGGCACGGGAUCCGAGGACAACAGAGGCGAAGCUGGCAGGAAGUCUUGGGUAGAAAUGAGACCGCAGACGCUACUCCAAAAACACUCCCAAUUCCAAGCUUCAUGGCUACAGGAGUUUCCAUGGCUCACAUUUUGUCAGGAGACGGGACUUAUGUCUUGUUCCUGGUGUCACAACAUUGCCACUAAAAACAACGACGAGCUGGUCAGAGGUAGUCGAAAUUACAAGCGGCCCUUGCUGCUGAGACAUCACCUGUCUUCUGAGCACGGGAGGAAUGACCCGACAAAGCAGGAGCUGGAGCGGCCUGGCUGUGAAGACUCCCCCAAGGGCACAGACAUGGAGACAGAAGACUACUACAGGAACAACAAACCCAACCAGGACUCUUACUGCUACCAGCUGCUGCAGGAACUCAACAAACAACGCAAAGGAGGUAUCCUCUGUGACGUCAACAUCGUGGUGAGUGGAGAGGUGUUCCGGGCGCACAAGAACAUCCUCGUGGCCGGGAGCCGUUACUUCAAGACCCUCUACUGCCUGACCAAGAGUGAGAACUCAUCCUCGUCGUGUGACCAGACGACCACAGUCACCGUCACCCACCUCGACGUGGCGGCCGGGGCGGGGUUCUCAGUCAUCCUGGACUUCCUGUAUAGCGGUAACCUCCUGCUGACCAGUCAGAACGCCAUCGAGGUGAUGUCCGUGGCCUCCUACCUCCAGAUGACUGAGGUGGUGGGCUCAUGUCGGUCGUUCAUCAAGGAAGCCCUCAACAUCAGCAUCAAGCAGGAGGCCCCCGACUCAGUGGUGGUGGAUUACAACAAGAGGAGAACGGUGGCCAAAGAUGGAGCAGGACAGGUGGGCUCGGACAGCAGCACCAACAAGAAGCCUGGGAGUAACUUCUGGGCCACCAGCAUCCUGUCCAAGCUGUCGAUAAAAGCCAGUGGUCAUGUCAACAAUGGGGACCAGGCAGGGGGAGGCAGCGUGAAGGAGGAGCCCAGUGAUGUGGAGGUGUCUGCGGGGGAGGGCUGUGCCCUGGGGAGCUCCGGCUGGGGCUGCGAGAACUCGUCCGAGUCGGCUGAGAACGAGCCGCCGAGCGUUCCGGGGCCGGUGUUCGUCUGGAACGAGCCGGCUCCCGGGGCGGCGGCGGGCGGGCCGGUGGCAGUGAAGCGGGAAGAUCAGAGGGCGGAGCCGGGUAGCGGGCGGAGGAAAAAACAGAUCACUCGGCGGUUCGUCUACAACAUCCCACCGGAGUCGGAGGAAGGGUUUGACGAAGGGAUGUUCAUCCAGCCCUCAGCCUCCUACCCCAGGGAGGACUUCUCCUUCCUCUCUGAGAACGCAGAACUGGCCAACCAGAUCCAAUACAGCCUCCUACAAGAGUCCCGGCAAGGGGGGUCCUGGGAGAAUGGCGAGUCGUCCGACAUAGCCCUGAAUAAGCUGAAGUGUCCCCACUGUAACUACAUCGCUAAGCACCGGAGAACACUAAAGAGGCAUCUCAUCAUCCACUCCGGUGUCCGCUCCUUCAGCUGCGACAUCUGUGGCAAGCUGUUCACCCGCAGAGAGCACGUCAAGAGACAUUCCCUGGUGCACAAGAAGGACAAAAAGUACAAGUGCAUGGUGUGCAAAAAGAUCUUCAUGCUGGCGGCCAGCGUGGGGAUACGGCACGGCUCACGGCGCUACGGCGUGUGUGUGGACUGUGCCGACUCCCACCAGGCCACGCAGGAGGGCCUGGAGACCCUGGAGGGGUUCGUUCGCGAAGACGACGACUUCGAGGGGGAGGAGCCUGACGAGGGGGAGGAGCCUAACGACAACGACCAAACCAACUUGGAGGAGGGCGACACUGGUGCCGCCCCAGAGGACGACUAGCGACUAGCUCAGAUAGAAACAAACUAAAAAUAGUUCACGAUUUAAAAAAAUAAAAUAAAGCUGGUAAACAAUCAACAACUCCAAAGUGCUAUCAAACCUCGAGGUUACUUACACGGUUUUAGUGUAUGAGACAAAGAGAGAAGCUUUGGUAGAGCAGGACUCCAAGAUGUACAGAUAUUCUAUGUGUCAGACUCUGAGCCUAGUGCUCACUAGAGAAAGAGAUAAAAAUGAAAUAUUGAAAUCAGGUUUAUGGUGAUUUUAUUUUUGGGGAGUUGGGGGUGUACAGCGAUUUUAGUUGCAAUAGGCCAAUCAUCUUAAGAAAUAUUAUUUAAUUUAUGAAAAGUUAUUAUGGUCUUAUUCAAUGAUAUAAUUUUUUUUCUGUUUUGUUGUAAACUGCUAUCAAAGAAGUUCAGUUUAAAUUUUUGACUGUACUUUCUGUCAAAUCUGUAAGUAUAUUGCUUGGUGCAUGUUUUUAGAAGGAAAGACGUCAAAGAAAGGGCAUUAUUUGCCGACAGGAAGAUUUGAUGUUUAGAUGCCCUGAACAUUAUGAUUUUAUCCUAUUACUAGUCUAUCUUUUCCCUGCACAAAUCUUGGAACCAAAAAUUCUGUUUUGUGACUAAUUUAUCACAGCCAUAUUUAUGAGUUUAAGUUAAGUGGGCUGUGCUAUUGUGCCAAGCAGAAAGCACACCAAGAUUUAUCAGGAAACAAAAAAACUACUGAGAGAAAAAAAGGAAGCGAAAGUAUGAGGGGAAAUGUUAUU